AUGAAUAUUUAUAAAUCAAUUAAGACUAUUGUCUGUUUUCAAAUUCCCAACUUUUGCUAUAGAGAUUCUCAAUAGGUUUGAUAAAGAAUAUUAUCUAAAGAAUUCUUUAAAUAUAUUCAUUUCCACUGGGUUUCUAAGAUUAAUUUAAAUAAUAUUGGAACUUCAAAAACCUUUGAGAUAGUUAAUAAAACUUGCAAUCCAAUUAGUUCUCUAAAAUUCAACUGUGUAAUUGCUUAAGGAUAAAAAAAAUCAUUUUUCAAUAUAAAUUGAUCUAUUAUCUUUGUUAAAAACAAAAAGAUAACUUUAUUACACAUUCAAAAGUAGAUCAAAUCAUAAAUAAUAAAUGAAAUACUAGUAAUGA